CGUCACUCUUCGGGUGAGCGGCCUCCCCUCCUCCUCUCGGCCGGGCUGGUGUGUCUUCCUUCCGGCUUGCUGAAGAAAGUUAAGGGAGGUUCAGCGGCAACUGGGCUUUUACAUAAUGGACAGCCAGGGAAGGAAAGUGGUGGUCUGCGACAACGGGACCGGGUUUGUAAAAUGUGGCUAUGCAGGCUCCAACUUCCCAGAGCACAUCUUCCCUGCACUUGUUGGGAGGCCCAUCAUCCGCUCAACGGCCAAAGUGGGAAACAUUGAGAUCAAGGACCUGAUGGUGGGGGAUGAGGCCAGCGAGCUGCGCUCCAUGCUGGAGGUCAACUACCCCAUGGAGAACGGCAUCGUCAGGAACUGGGAUGACAUGAAGCACCUGUGGGACUACACCUUCGGUCCAGAGAAGCUCAACAUCGACUCCCGCAACUGCAAGAUCCUCCUGACCGAGCCCCCCAUGAACCCCACCAAGAACCGUGAGAAGAUCAUCGAGGUGAUGUUUGAGACCUACCAGUUUGCAGGAGUCUACAUCGCUAUCCAGGCUGUGCUGACGCUGUAUGCUCAAGGCCUUCUCACCGGUGUGGUGGUAGACUCUGGGGACGGUGUGACACACAUUUGCCCCGUAUACGAGGGCUUCAGCUUGCCCCACCUGACGAGACGCCUGGACAUCGCAGGCAGGGACAUCACCCGCUACCUCAUCAAGUUGUUGCUGUUGAGGGGUUACGCCUUCAACCACUCUGCGGACUUUGAGACGGUGCGCAUGAUGAAGGAGAAGCUGUGCUACGUGGGCUACAACAUCGAGCAGGAGCAGAAGCUGGCGCUGGAGACCACUGUGCUGGUGGAAUCGUACACGCUGCCAGAUGGUCGUGUGAUCAAGGUGGGAGGAGAGCGGUUUGAGGCCCCCGAGGCUCUGUUCCAGCCCCACCUCAUCAACGUGGAGGGCGUCGGAGUGGCCGAGCUGCUCUUCAACACCAUCCAGGCAGCAGACAUAGACACCAGGCCUGAGUUCUACAAACACAUCGUGCUGUCGGGAGGAUCCACCAUGUAUCCCGGCCUGCCUUCUCGGCUGGAGAGGGAGCUGAAGCAGCUGUACCUGGAGCGUGUGCUCAAGGGAGACGUGGACAAGCUGUCGAAAUUUAAGAUCCGGAUUGAAGAUCCUCCCAGGCGAAAGCACAUGGUGUUCCUGGGCGGAGCCGUGCUGGCCGACAUCAUGAAGGACAAGGACAACUUCUGGCUGACCCGGGAGGAGUACCAGGAGAAAGGAGUCCGUGUGCUGGAAAAACUCGGCGUCACCGUCAGAUAAAGCACUGGACGGACAGAACACACACACACCAGGCAUAAAAACACACACACACACGUACAAAUAUACACCACACACACACACAUUUCCCCCUCGCCCACAUCGCAGAGUAUAUAUCUAUUUAUCCCUCUUCUUCUCUGUUUCGGCUCCUCAUUCUCCUCAAACCUCUGAGAUGAAUCGAGCCGUCACCUCCUCCUCCUCCUCCUCCUCUCCUUUCUGCCUCUCUCUCUCCUGGUCUGGGAUUGGCUCACACUUUUCCUCGCAAACCCCAAAAACAGUUUAGAGAUUUCCACUGAUUUUCAUUAAAAUACUGGUGGAGGAAAUAAAUUAAAAAAGCCCACAGCAGGAGUUCAGUUAACUCGGCGCCUCGAUAGGUUUGUUAGGAGUUAAAUUGGGACGGUUUCCCCACCAGCCACGGUAGAACGUUUAGUUUCCUCCCCUGUUAAACCUCUAGAGGGGAUAAUUAAGCGAUGCAAAGUUUCUCAGCAGCUCGAAAGCGUCUAAACGUCACAAUCAGGGUCCACCACAAACAGCCACAGGUGAGCGAGAACUGAUCACAUUUUUAUGUCGGUUUUUAUAAAUGAUAUCAUGACUUUUCUUUUCUGGGAGAGGGAUUACUUCUUUUUUUUUUUUGCUUCUUCUUUCUUUUUUGUUGGACAUAUGAGUUGCAUUUAUAUCUCUAAAUUAGGUUUUUCUUUCUCCAUUGACUUUGUUGCUGUGCACUACUACCAUUGUAAAUGGAGUGUAUUGUGGUAACAGAAGUUCCUCCACGUUUUUUAUGAAGAAUUGAUGGUUGAUUUGUAAAAGGGACGAAGCAGAGCCCCUGAGCUUGACACCGGGUGUGUGACGGUACUGGGGGGGGGUUGGUGGGCGGUGAGACGGCGAUGGGAUGUGGGGUGAGUCGUCGUUCGCUCCUCGUCAGACGGCCUCGCCUCUGCCUCCUCUCUGGAUGUGAAUCUCGAGCUGAACGGAAGGCGGGAGCGGUCGCGGCAAUAUCUGAACCUGACGUGUCGUAUUCCUUCAGAUCCACCAAAGCACGGAGGCAGUCGCAGGCUGGAGGACGAGAUCGAUUCGAAUCAAGGCAUCGCAAAUCUGGGAAAAUGAAAAACGGUAUCUUAUUGAAGUAUAAACGCUGUCGAGACCAUAUUUAAGUUCUCCAGUCUUUAACACCCAGCACCUGGAGGCACUUCUAUUUUGAGUAUGACAAAUGUGUAUAUUUUUUUUUCUCCUCUUUCCAUGAACGUCUAUCCAGUGCCAAGUGCAGUUAAUGUUAACUGGAUCUCAUGUUUUAAUGUCUUUCUUUUUGUCACUGUUAUUGUUUUUAUUUUCCUGUGUUGUUCAUAGCAUAACUGCCUAACGCUGAUUUAAAUAAAGAAAAGUGAUUUAUAAGGA